GCUUCCUAUAUAUAACAACCUCCUUCACUCUUCUUUCUCCACCAAAACACAAGAUACACUUACCAGUAAUCAAUUUUCUCUGUCAUCUAAAUAGCCACAAAAUCUCUUAUUACAUUCAAGAAUCAUUACUUAAUACACAAGAUGAGUUCAACAGUAAGCAGAGCAUGGACAGCUGCAGCAAGUGUUGGAGUUGUGGAAGCAUUGAAGGAUCAAGGAAUAUGCAGAUGGAAUCAUACACUAAAAUCAGUUCAUAAUCAUUUGAAAAACAAUGUCAGAUCUUUUUCUCAAGCAAAGAAGCUUUCAUCAUCAUCAUCCUCUUCUACUAUUGUUUCUAAUUCUAUCAGACAAAAAGAGAAUGCAAAGCAAUCAGAAGAAUCUUUGAGGACUGUCAUGUACUUGAGUUGUUGGGGUCCUAAUUAAGGGUAGCUCUAAGUUAGAUUAAGGUGUAAAUUAAGUAUUUGGUUAUAUACUUGGAGAGGUUUUAGGUGUUGUAUCUUUGUAUCUUUCACUUCUUAGAAAGUUUGAAAUUACUUCA